AUGGCUCCUGACCUCGUUAGUGCUGCAACCAAGCCCACCACGGGUCAAGCCAAGGCUGCUAGUCUCUCUAGCCGAGCAAAUGUUACCUUCUUGGCAGGUAAUGGUGACUAUGUGAAAGAUGUCCCGGAGGAGCACCGCCGUAUACUGGUGUCUCAGGGUUGUAUUAUUCGUGAGAUCGAGCCAGUGUACCCACCGGAUAACCAGACUCAAUUUGCCAUGGCGUACUAUGUCAUCAACUACUCCAAGCUUCGUAUCUGGGAGUUAGUGGAGUACAACAAGAUGAUAUACUUGGAUGGAGACAUCCAGGUGUUUGACAAUAUCGACCACCUCUUUGACAUGCCAAGUGGUUACUUUUAUGCUGUGAUGGAUUGUUUUGUGAGAAAACUUGGAGUCAUAGCCCGCACGGCUAAGCCUCCUCUCUACUUCAAUGCUGGGAUGUUUGUCAAUGAGCCCAGCCUCUCCAUUUAUGAUGACCUCUUGGAGACCCUCAAAGUCACUUCUCCUACCUCUUUUGCCGAGCAAGAUUUCUUGAACAUGUUCUUUAGGGACAUCUACAGGCCUAUCCCUUCAAUUUACAACUUGGUCUUGGCCAUGUUGUGGCGCCAUCUCGAGAAUAUUGAGCUCGACAAAGUGAAAGUUGUUCACUAUUGUGCUGCGGGUUCAAAGCCAAGGAGGUUCACUGGCAAAGAAGAGAACAUGGAGAGAGAAGAUAUCAAGAUGCUAGUGAAGGAGUGGUGCGAUAUUUACAACGAUGAGUCACUGGAUUACCAGUGGACUAAUGCAACAAUUGAAGGGUGA